CCUCGGUGUAGGGACAAGAACAUGAAAGUUUCCCCGAUGUACAAAGUUGGAGCGUUCCGACGGAGGUCGUCAAAGUUAGGCUGAAAACAUCCCAGACAUCCUUUUUUUUUUUAGAUAGUGAACAAAGUUUGGAAAUCAGAGCACUGAAGAGGUUUGGAAAACCGGGGUUUGAUUUCUGCGUUAUGGAGCGAUUCUGGCCGCACGCUGCUGUACUGCGGAUCAUUCUCCUCUUGUAUGCGGUUCCACAGAACGCCCAAGCAGACGUUGCUAACAGCACAUGUAACAUCACAAACGUGCCUGGAAUCCCAAACAUUACCUUUGCUAAUGUGAACACCACUGCUGUCCAUUUGAGCUGGCUCCAUCCGGAUGACCUACCAACGUAUUAUAAAUACGAGAUUCAAACUACAAACAUGUCAGGAGCAACAAUAGUUGAACAAACACUGGACAACAGUACUAUGGCAGUUGUAACUGGUCUACAACCAGGAACUAGAUAUCAUUUCAAUGUCACAUUGGUAGAAGCAGAUUGUGACUAUACUGUGGAACAAUUCGGUUACACAAUGCCUAAAGCAGUCACCAACCUUACUGCUGCUGAUGUGAACACCUCUGCUGUCAGUUUGACCUGGCUCAGGCAGGAUGACCAUAAGACAGGCUACUCCUAUCAAGUCACUGUUCUUGAAAACGUCACCCAAGUACAACAACUGAACACCACCACCGAGAACUACACCGUCACCAGUCUGACUCCUGGAGUAAACUACACCUUUCAGGUGUCAACGGUUGUACAAGGAGUCAAAUCCACAGAGGAGAGCACCAGUAGUUACACAGUGCCUGGAGCAGUCACCAACCUCACCUUUGCUAAUGUGAACACCACUGCUGUCCGUUUGAGCUGGUUCAAUCCGGAGGACCAACAACCGUAUUAUGAAUACAAGAUUCAUACUACAGACAUUUUAGUAGCAACCAUAGUUGAAACAACACAGUCCAACAGCACUACUGCAAUUGUAACUGGUCUACAACCAGGAACUGGGUAUUGCUUCAAUGUCACAGUGGUGGUACCAGGGCGUGAAUCUGCUGUGGAACAUGAACUCGGUUACACAUUGCCUAAAGCAGUCACCAACCUUACUGCUGCUGAUGUGAACACCUCUGCUGUCAGUUUGACCUGGCUGAGGCAGGAUGACCAUAAGACAGGCUACUCCUAUCAAGUCACUGUUCUUGAAAACGUCACCCAAGUACAACAACUGAACACCACCACCGAGAACUACACCGUCACCAGUCUGACUCCUGGAGUAAACUACACCUUUCAGGUGUCAACGGUUGUACAAGGAGUCAAAUCCACAGAGGAGACCACCAGUAGUUACACAGUGCCUGGAGCAGUCACCAACCUCACCUUUGCUAAUGUGAACACCACUGCUGUCCGUUUGAGCUGGUUCAAUCCGGAGGACCAACAACCGUAUUAUGAAUACAAGAUUCAUACUACAGACAUUUUAGUAGCAACCAUAGUUGAAACAACACAGUCCAACAGCACUACUGCAAUUGUAACUGGUCUACAACCAGGAACUGGGUAUUGCUUCAAUGUCACAGUGGUGGUACCAGGGCGUGAAUCUGCUGUGGAACACAAACUCGGUUACACAUUGCCUAAAGCAGUCACCAACCUUACUGCUGCUGAUGUGAACACCUCUGCUGUCAGUUUGACCUGGCUCAGGCAGGAUGACCAUAAGACAGGCUACUCCUAUCAAGUCACUGUUCUUGAAAACGUCACCCAAGUACAACAACUGAACACCACCACCGAGAACUACACCGUCACCAGUCUGACUCCUGGAGUAAACUACACCUUUCAGGUGUCAACAGUUGUACAAGGAGUCAAAUCCACAGAGGAGAGCACCAGUAGUUACACAGUGCCUAAAGCAGUCACCGACCUUAAGGUAGCUGAUGUGAACACCACUGCUGUCAGUUUGACCUGGCUCAGGCAGGAUGACCAUAAGACAGGCUACUCCUAUCAAGUCACUGUUCUUGAAAACGUCACCCAAGUACAACAACUGAACACCACCACCGAGAACUACACCGUCACCAGUCUGACUCCUGGAGUAAACUACACCUUUCAGGUGUCAACGGUUGUACAAGGAGUCAAAUCCACAGAGGAGAGCACCAGUAGUUACACAGUGCCUAAAGCAGUCACCGACCUUAAGGUAGCUGAUGUGAACACCACUGCUGUCAGUUUGACCUGGCUCAGGCAGGAUGACCAUAAGACAGGCUACUCCUAUCAAGUCACUGUUCUUGAAAACGUCACCCAAAUACAACAAUUGAACACCACCACCGAGAACUACACCGUCAUCAGUCUGACUCCUGGAGUAAACUACAUCUUUCGGGUGUCAACGGUUGUACAAGGAGUCAAAUCCACAGAGGAGACCACCAGUAGUUACACAGUGCCUGGGGCAGUCACCGACCUUACCGUUGUUAAUGUGAACACCACUGCUGUCAAUUUGAUCUGGCAAAAUCCGGAUGACCAACAACCGUAUUAUGAAUACAAGAUUCAAACUACAAACUACAAAAUGUCAGGAACAACCAUAGUUGAACAGUUCAACAUAAAUAUGUUAAUUGUAACUGGUCUACAACCAGGAACUGGGUAUUGCUUCAAUGUCACAGUGGGGGUGCCAGGGCGUGAAUCUGCUGUGGAACACAAACUCGGUUACACAAUGCCUAAAGCAGUCACCGACCUUACUGCUGCUGAUGUGAACACCACUGCUGUCCGUUUGACCUGGCUCAGGCAGGAUGACCAUAAACCCGACUACUCCUAUCAAGUCACUGUUCUUGAAAAAGACAACAAAAUACAACAAUUGAACACCACCACCGAGAGCUACACCGUCACCGGGCUGACUCCUGGAGUAAACUACACCUCUCAGGUGGCGACGGUUGUACAAGGAGUCAAAUCCACGGAGGAGAGCGUCACCUUUUACACAAAUCCGGGUACAGUGUCUAAUAUUGUAGCCUUGGGAACUACUACAAAUAUGUCUGUAACCUGGAAAGCUGCAAGUGGCCAGGUGGAUUAUUACUCUGUGGAGCUGACCGGAGCUGGCCAGAUGGACAAAGGAAAGUCCCGUCUAAGCAACACAACGCUUUACGUCUUGUUUGAGAAGCUGAAUCCAGGGACACUGUACCAUAUCAGUGUAUGCGCAAUAAGCGGACCGGGCUCUGAGUGCUUGGCCACUGACAAUGCAACUUUUCCAAACCCUCCUGGUCCUUUGACAGUAGAGUCCCAGACUACUCACUCCAUCAACGUGAGUUGGUCUUCACCUACAGACGAGAAGCCUGGUCAAUACAACUUCUCGGUGUCCUAUCUGAACCGUACCAAGUCCACGGAAAACAGCUGGUUUCUUCUGGAGGACCUCGAGUCAGGGACACUGUAUAACAUCACCGUGGUUACAGUUGGCCCACUAGGCUUACAGAGCGAAAUGGUGUCGACAUCAAAUUCUACCAGACCGUAUCCUGUAAGUGAUUUAAGACAGACUGGAAUUGCUCCCAGUUCUUUGGUCUUGACGUGGUCUCAGCAAGGCCUCCAAUCUGGCUACUCCUACUUGGUGCACGUCUCCAACUCUACUACUGACACAGCUUUCGAAAGCCCGCACAAUUUCUCCGGUCUUGUGUCCGGGGGCAACUAUACUUGCACUGUUACCACGCAAACAGGGGACGGCACCCAGACUCUUUACCCCGGAACAACGCCCUGCCAUACACAGCCCCAUGCUGUGGGCGCCAUAAAUGCUACCACCCAGAACACAACCGCCAUUGGCCUGAGCUGGGAGAAGCCACGGCAGUAUCGGGACGCCAACAAAUACAGGAUCGAAGCGAGUGGCUGCGCCUCCCGUAAUGUUACGGUUGUAAAUGAACAGGCAGAGAUGGCAGAGCUUUCGCCAGGAACCCAAUGCCAGUUUUGCGUUCUGACCAUCUCUGAGGCAGGCUUCGAAGGGGAAGCCAGGUGCACUCAUCAAUACACCAAACCAGAGCAGGUCCACCCCACCGUGUCCAACCGUGUCCUCAACCAGGGCCUCAACGACACCAUCCUGGUGUCGUGGGCAGCUCCUGCAGGGAAUGUGGAGCACUAUUAUGUCUACCUGAACAGCAGUGACCAAACCGAAAGUAGGAGGCUGUCCCCCCCUGAGCCCUUAUCCCACCUGUUUGACAACCUCUGUCCCGGGCGAGAGUAUUCGGCCAUGGUGAUUACCAGCAGUGGCCCGUUCAACACCACCUCCAGGGUGAUCACCAAUGCCACUUUUCCGAACCCACCAGAGAAGAUUGAAUUCUUGACAAAAAGCACCAGCUCCAUUGUGAUUCGAUGGCAGCACGCCCAGUUCAAAGCAGACUCUUGGCUCUAUGUGGUGACUUAUGUCCAAUCCAACCAAGCCAAAUCGAAUUUCACCAAUAGCCCCAAUUAUACAUUUUCACACUUGAACUCCGGAACACCCUACAACUUUUCCGUAGCUACAGAGGGGCCAUUGCGCCUUCAAAGCUGCAGUAUUUCAAUCUCCAAUACCACAAAACCAGAGAAAGUCCAAUCCCUCAACAUCAGCACAGAAGAAGAGGCAACCCAGCUUACAUGGGCCAGGCCUGACGGUUACAAAGCAAGCUAUAGCUACUUGGUAACAUGGUCUGGUGAACCAAUGGAACCAAUGGAAAAUGCAACACAGCAGGAGAACCUAAACGUGUAUCCGCUGGUUCCUGGCAGCCCCUACAAUUACAGUGUGACCACAGUGACUUCGGAUGGCACUCGAUCUGAUUCCGUGGAUCAUUCCAAAUGCACAAAGGCCAGCUCCGUGCAAAACCUCACAUGUUCAAGUCCGAAUGAAAAAAUUGCCCAAAUCCUCUUGGUUUGGAGCCGACCAAAAGGCAGGAGCUCUGACUUUGGAAUAGGGCAUCGGCAAAACGACAAUAAGCCAAUUACCAUCAUAACCGUCCCUGGAAGUUGCAGCCCUGACUGUGAAUACACGAUCAGCAACUUGACGCACUACACAAAAUACCAGGUGACCAUGCAGACACUGAGCUGUGGAAGCCCCAGCGAACUCGAAUCUCGAAGCUGCACCACUGGCAUCACAGACCCUUUCAUCCCCUCGAACUAUAAAUCAUUAGUGCAAGCGACUGUGAAUGCCCAUGACAGGUUUACCGUAAACAUUCAGCCCCAGAUGCUCGACGCCACCAACGGACCAAUAAGAUAUUACGGGGUGCUCCUGACCGACAGCCUCAACGACAUGGAUUCAUCUGAACUCAAACAGUUCUUGAACCAAACCUAUGCAAACUGGAGUGCAGGCAAAACAACCACAUACCUGGCGAGAGUGAGAAAAGUUGAGAGUGGAGAUCGCUCAAGAUUUAAAAGAGAAGUCAGCCCAAAUCUGCCUGUGGAAAUUGGGACCGGUGAAACUUGGAGAGGAUAUACCAAUGGUGCACUGAGAGCCAAUCACAAAUAUCGGUACGCUAUCGUGUUAUUUACCCGGCUGAAUGAGUCGACCGGCAGUAAUUUUGUGGAUUCCAAGUACUCUCUUGUCACAAUAACUCCCUUCUAUCCUGUUAUUCAAACACUUCUGGACCCAGUCGUCAUCGGCACGGCGGUUGGGGCCUCCCUGGGAGUCUUUUGUGUCCUCUUCAUCAUCAUCAUUGGCUUCAUCAUCUAUUGGAAGAAAAUGAAUAGGAAAGAAUGUUCGGACAUCCAGAUCAAUUCAAUUAGUAGGCAGAAAGUAAACAUCUCUGUGCACGUGGUGGACUACGAGGCCUAUUACAGAAAGCAGAAGGCAGACUCUAACUGUGGCUUCGCCGAGGAGUUUGAUGACCUGAAGCCUGUAGGCACCGCCCAGUCGAGGAAUAGUGCUUUGGCACUGGAAAACAAGACCAAGAACCGCUACAACAACGUACUGCCCUACGACUCGUCUAGGGUGAAACUCUCUAUUCAGGGGACUCAGUUUGACGACUACAUCAACGCUAGCUACAUGCCGGGUUACAACUCCAAGAAGGAGUACAUCGGAGCGCAGGGCCCACUGCCCGGCACCGUCAACGAGUUCUGGAGGAUGGUCUGGGAGAAGAACAUCCAGACGCUGGUCAUGCUGACGCGCUGUAACGAGCAGGGACGGGUGAAAUGUGAGAAAUACUGGCCUGAGGACUCCAAGCACUUUGGGAACAACACUGUGACAAUGACAUCGGAAAUUACGCUUGAAGACUGGACUAUCAGGGAAUUUGACAUAAAAAAUGUUAAAACGGCUGAGACUCGCUCUGUGCGGCACUUCCACUUCACGGCCUGGCCGGAUCACGGCGUUCCAGAGAGCACUGAACUGCUCAUCAACUUCAGACACCUGGUCAGAGAGCACAUGGACCAGUACUCUGCCAACUCCCCCACUGUCGUGCACUGCAGUGCCGGUGUUGGUCGCACGGGCACCUUCAUCGCCAUCGACAGGCUGAUCUUCCAGAUUGAGAGGGAGAGUAUGGUUGAUGUGUACGGCACCAUCCAUGACUUGCGAAUGCACAGAACGCUAAUGGUACAAACAGAGGAUCAGUAUGUAUUCUUGAACCAGUGUGCAUUGGACAUCAUCAGAUCCAGAACUGGAACAAAUGUGGACCUGAUCUACCAAAACACUGAUGCUAUGUGCCUUUAUGAAAAUAUAGAACCAAGGAAAAUUUUACCAAAUAAAUACCACAAUGCAUAGAUCUUGGAAGCGGUUCUCACUCUUCUGCACUCUUCUAAGAUAGACAUUUUAAUUUAUUUUUAUAUGCAGCUUUUUGUAUAAUUGUUUUAAUGUAAUUUGUCUGUUGUCGAUGAAAACACUGUACAUGUUGAUUUUAUUAUGAUGAUAUGAUAUGGUUAUCUUUUUAUUUCGGAUAGGUCUUUUAUGCUUUUUAUAUAUUUUUUAUCUUUAUGUUUCGUCUAGUAAUAUUUUGUGGAAGAUGUAUCGGUUUGUUUGUUUUAUUUUCAUGUUUUAUAGCUUAGAUUUAGACCUUGAAUGUGAAUAUUACUGAUAUUACCACAAUGAUAAUAACCAGGAACUUUGGCUUGCUAUAGAAAGUCACAUUCACUAUUUUUUGCACUUUCUACCCUCCUACAACCAAUAGGUGGCACACUUUUAUCAUUUUUAGUAGAAAACGUAAUCUCCCUUGAAAAUGAUAACGUAUUUGUGUAUUUUAAUGUUAUUUGCUGAGCUUGCACUGGAUGCAUUUCUGCUACUGUACAACCUUUUUUAUAUAUGACGUGUCAAUAUUUUGUAAUGAAAGUGUUGAAAGAGAUCAUUUAUGAAAAUAUUAACUACUUUACUAUACCUUGAAGGACUAUAGCUGGGCUAAAUUUGUGUGCACUCAAAAAUAUGUGACUUUUUCUCCCCCUCACAAGGAUAGCGAACCCAUAGAAAUAGACCAAUGUGUAUAAUAGGUGCCUUAUUUUCCACGCCGAUUAAGAUAUUCUGAGGAAGAGGGAGGACGCUGACUAAAUGAAACAACAUGGCAUCAAAGGUUAAGCGUCUAAAUGUCAUUUAAAAUGCUUGUGAGUGGAAGAGAAAGCCCAGGUCCCUUUUGGUUGAUUUAUUGGAAAUGUAGUUACAAUAUUUUGACAUCGCCCUUGUCUUUAUGGUUGGUCUUAAAACACAACUCAGGUACUGAAGCAAUGCAGCCAUACAGAGUCUACAUAUGUCAAGCCUACUGUAUUUGGGACCAAGGGGUCCUUUCCGCAUUAUGUUAGUCCCCUUUGCUCUGUACUGUACAUACAUUCGUAAGAGAAUAAUGACGUAAUGUCACUUCCUGCUGCGUAUCUUAUCUACUGUAUCCAUUCGUGCGAAUGCUGCAGGAAUGAAACCCCCAGGAGGAUCCCAAACUUCUAUUUUCAGCUCCUAAAGAACAGGGUUUUCCAUGAGGCGGUCGGGCUGUAAGCGUCAGCCAUUGCUGACGCUUUAAGGCCUAUUUGUGUGUUGUUGUACAAUGUUGGAUAAUGUGCUAGUUAUGUUUUGGAAGAUCCAUUGAGCAAUGGAAAACCAAAGUUGAGUUAUUUACUAUUUCAAUCUGCUGAAUUAUGUUUAGGGACAAUUUAACCCGUAAUAAAGCAAUCAUUUUUUUGUGAUGCAUCA